CACUUCAUUUCGUCUCUCUUUCUCUCGAUCUACUCAUGGCUGGUGUUGAUAGUGGAAUAAUUAGCAGUCCUCAACUUCCCCUGGAUGGGCGGGUGGCAAUAGUAACGGGAGCUUCACGCGGCAUCGGUCGUGCUAUCGCUCUCCACCUUCGAUCCCUCGGUGCCAAAGUCGUCAUCAAUUAUGCAUCUAGCUCCAACCAAGCAGAUCUCAUAGUUUCCGAGAUCAACUCCAAUUCCGAUUCUCAAUCCGUCCAAGCCAUAGCAGUCCAAGCCAAUGUGUCGGACCCUCCACAGGUCAAGUCCCUAUUCGACCAGGUCGAACAAGCCUUUGGCACUACUGUUCAUAUCCUGGUCAACUGUGCAGGGAUCUUGGAUCCCAAGUAUCCAACCCUAGCCAAUACCACCGUCGACGAUUGGGACUCCACGUUUGCCGUCAACACCAAAGGUGCUUUCUUGUGCUCUCGAGAAGCCGCCAACCGCAUGAGCCGUGGUGGAGGUGGACGCAUCAUCUGCAUCACGACAUCGGUGGUGGGAUCGUUGCUUCCUGGAUAUAGUGCCUACGCAGCGUCGAAGGCUGCUGUGGAGACGAUGACCAAGAUCCUAGCCAAGGAGCUCAAGGGCACGGGGAUCACUGCUAAUUGUAUCGCCCCUGGCCCCGUUGCCACGGAAUUGUUCUUUGCCGGUAAGACAGAAGCGACCAUCAAGAGAAUAGUGGACGCUUGUCCCUUGGGUCGACUCGGAGAAACUCAGGAUAUCACUCAUAUCGUUGGGUUCCUCGCCUCUGACUCUGGCGAGUGGAUUAACGGACAGGUGAUCCGCGUGAAUGGUGGCUUUACCGUCUGAAAUGAAUCUUUAAUUAA